CAGUAACAACAUUCUUAUUCCCAAGGUUUUGAGCAUGGGAAGAAAAGCACACUUUUGACGUUCCAGAGGUAUUACUUUGUUCUCCGAUCGCAUGGAACAGGUAUUCUGGUUCUUCAAAACAUACAGCAUUCUCAAGCCAUUUUGGACAACCAGAAAUAGAUCUUGGUAAUCUUUGCCAUGUUUUACAGCACUAGAGUGUCAUGAUGAAGAGCACCCAUUUUUUGGCAAAAGGGCAUCCUAUGCAGCUGAUACCGUGCACAGAGGCUGACGCCAUGAGCGAUAAUGCAAGAAACGACAACGAUAAUGUUCCUGAGGACCAGGAGACCAAAGAAGAAGAAAAAGCGCAAGAUGGCACAGGUAGUGCUCAAAAAUCGAGAACAAAAAGGGCAGUCGUGGAUGUACCUCAAAGAGUGAAUGUGGGAGUUGAUGGACAGGAAGAACAAGAAUUCUAAUAAAAUCAAUACCAUUAUGAUUAAGCCGCUUUAUGAUCAUACACUUACGUGUAAUUAUGACUUUUACUAUCAAUAAACCAUGCCGUUAUUCGGACGCACUUACACAAUGUCCAUAAUAAUAAUAAAGGUACUUAGUCAAAGCUAU